AUGUGGAAACUUAAGACUUCGGGUCGUACAGUUGAAACAGUUAUCUAUGACUAUGCAAAAAAUUUAACUCAAGAAUCUUAUCUGCAUUCGUUUAUCAUUAAUGAUAUUGAUGCAGCAACAAAAUCUUUGUUUUCUCAAGAAGAGUGGAGUGAAAUUUUCACUGUAGAAAACAACGAAAAACCCAAACUCAAAUCUUCUAUUAUAGAUUUUUUGAAAAUUUGCAGCAUUGAUGAUCCUAUAAAGUUGCGAAAAGUUUUUUAUGAAUCAUUUUUAUCAGAUGAUUUCGAUAUCAAAUUUAUUAAUUAUGCUUAUCAGGGAAUGAUGUUUUUGUGGAAUAAGGAUGAAAAUCCAUUUGACCAUUCCAAACUUGAAGGAUGGUACGAAGUAAAUGUGUGGGGGCGUUUGAUUGAUCCUGCCUUUGACAAUCUACUAAGUAUUGACUUAGUUCGUGGAGAAGGAAU